AUGAUCCCGGUCAAGAGUAGUAGAGCAACGAAUAGGUCAUUGAGGAGGGCGAUUGGAUUACGUUCUAUAAGUAUACUUUCUAAAUUCAAACUUAAUUCCAGUCAGGAUAUAUCCAAAGAACUAUCAAAUGAUAAUUUACCAAAAGUUACUGGCAAUGGGCCAUUUAUAGAAUUACCGUCAUUCAAGCCAUUAGGAAAUCCCAGUGACUUGCUUAAUAUUACAUUGCCUCAAUCAUCGAAAUUGAGCAUUAGGAAUGGUACUAUCAUAGGGAUAAAUGGAGAUUUGAAGAAGCUAUCAAGUGUUCCCCAAAUAUUACAUAAAACCGAAUAUCAAGAAUUAACGUCUAAUUCAUCUGUAUCGUUAUUAAUUAAUGGGGGCAUGAAUAAUUAUUCAAUAAUUGAAGUAAACAGCAUAGAGGACAAAUGGACUAUUUUGAAUGAUAAGAGUAUUAUUGCAUGGACCGGGUUUAAUCUACAAUUAAAGCCGAUAGAACUUCUUGAAAGGUGUAAUAGUUUUCAAACCGAUGGAAAAGGAAUAAUUAUAGUGAAUGGAGAAGAGCAACUAUUUGAUAUCACAUUAAGUCCUAAUGAACAGAUUUUAAUAAAUCCAAAUAGCUUAGUUGCUUCUAACUCAUCAAUUAGCUAUUCAACUCUUAACCGCCCUUGGACUGAACCAUUAAAAUUUUCCAGGAAUUUUCAGUUACCUACUAUUUUCAAUUCUUACAUCAAUAGUUUUAAAUCAUUCAUCAGCUCCCGAUACUCAAGAAUAAUUAUUUCCCUUGGAAUUAUUAACCAAAUGAAGAUCUUAAGAAGCUACUACCAUUCUUUUAAAAAGCUUAUUAUUUAUAACGUUAUCAAUAAGUUCUACAAUAAGCCAAUUUAUUUCAAAAUUACUGGUCCUGGAAGAUUGCUUCUUGAUAAUAAUGUCCAUCUUACGAACCGCAAAAAUUUCACUAAGAAAGAAAUUAAUGAUAUUUUGAGAAACUAA